UGUCCCAAAGACUACCAUAUGUUGCGAUGAUAUCGUUGUUUGCGAUUGUGUUUCUGUUAAUAAGGGAAACACAAGCGGAGAGCUAUAGCUCCACAAACUUUGAGGACAAGUUAGGCAUCGCUUAUGAGUUCAAAAUACAUAUCGACGCCGGAAAGGAAGACUGUUUCUACCAAUACAUCCAACCCUCGUCUUCUCUAUACGUGGCCUUUCAGGUGAUGAGAGGUGGUGAUAACCAAGCUGGUUUUGCCAUACGGGACCCAACGGGACAGUUUAUACUGCCCUAUCAAUGGAAAGCACACGCCGAGUACGACGAGGCCGCUGUCCGCACACCCGGUUAUUAUUCAUUAUGUAUUGAUAACACUGCCUCUCGGUUUGCGGCCAAACUGGUCAGUCUAUAUGUGGCCUCAUUUAAACGCGACGAAUGGGAAUCUUAUAUCCAGGAGUUGACC